AUGCCUAGUCUAGUGGUAUCUGGAAUAAUGGAAAGAAAUGGGGGCUUUGGAGAACUAGGAUGUUUCGGGGGAAGCGCUAAGGACCGAGGGUUGCUGGAAGACGAGCGCGCCCUUCAGCUGGCUCUCGAUCAGCUCUGCCUCCUGGGUUUGGGGGAGCCCCCCGCCCCCACGGCGGGCGAGGACGGGGGAGUGCCAGCACGCCUCUUUCUGACCUCUAGAAAGGUGAAGUCCCGUGGCCUUCCCUUCCAGACGUGUUUGUCCAGGGCUCCAGACCCCAGGAGGUCUGAAGACAAAAGGAGGAGCAAAUUCUCCUUCCUGAGGUCUCUUGAAGGCUGCAAGAUUAAGGCUCUGAGGGCCAAGACCAAUACGUACAUCAAGACGCCGGUGCGCGGCGAGGAGCCCGUGUUCAUGGUGACCGGACGGCGGGAGGACGUGGCCACAGCCCGACGGGAGAUCAUCUCGGCGGCCGAGCACUUCUCCAUGAUCCGCGCCUCACGCAACAAGUCCGGCGCCGCCUUUGGCGUGGCUCCCGCCCUGCCCGGCCAGGUGACCAUUCGCGUGCGGGUGCCCUACCGCGUGGUGGGGCUGGUGGUGGGCCCCAAGGGGGCCACCAUCAAGCGCAUCCAGCAGCAGACCAACACGUACAUCAUCACGCCGAGCCGCGACCGCGACCCGGUGUUCGAGAUCACGGGGGCGCCGGGGAACGUGGAGCGCGCGCGCGAGGAGAUCGAGACGCACAUCGCCGUGCGCACCGGCAAGAUCCUCGAGUACAACAACGAGAACGACUUCCUGGCGGGGAGCCCCGACGCCGGGCUGGACAGCCGCUACUCCGAGGCCUGGCGUGUGCACCCGCCCGGCUGCAAGCCGCUCUCCACCUUCCGCCAGAACAGCCUGGGCUGCAUCGGCGACUGCGCCGUGGACUCGGGCUUCGAGGCGCCGCGCCUGGGCGAGCAGGGCGGGGACUUCGGCUACGGCGGCUACCUGUUCCCGGGCUACGGCGUGGGCAAGCAGGACGUGUACUACGGCGUGGCCGAGACCAGCCCCCCGCUCUGGGCGGGCCAGGAGAACGCCACGCCCACCUCGGUGCUCUUCUCCUCCGCCUCCUCGUCGUCGUCGUCGUCCGCCAAGGCCCGCGCCGCGCCCCCGGGGGCGCACCGCUCCCCCGCCGCCUCCGCGGGGCCCGAGCUGGCCGGCCUGCCCAGACGCCCGCCGGGGGAGCCGCUGCAGGGCUUCUCCAAACUGGGCGGCGGCCUGCGGAGCCCCGGCGGCGGGCGGGACUGCAUGGUGUGCUUCGAGAGCGAGGUGACCGCCGCCCUGGUCCCCUGCGGACACAACCUCUUCUGCAUGGAGUGCGCAGUACGCAUCUGCGAGAGGACGGACCCGGAGUGUCCCGUCUGCCACAUCACAGCCACGCAAGCCAUCCGAAUAUUCUCCUAAGCCUCCUGCCCCGGGCCUCCGGGCUCCCUCCCUGGGCCGAGGGCGCCCCCACCUCCACCCCCUGCCCUGGAUCUGUUUUCCACCCGGGCCUUUUGGAAAUCAGUGGGCUCAGUGGGCAAGGUGCUUAGACGUACUCGAUCCGUGGGGAGGGGGCGGGGAGGCGACGGUGGCUGGGGUGGGGUGGGGUGGGCCACCUUCAGAGCCUCUGGCCACCCCGUCCUGGAAAGGUUGGGAGGGGGCCAGGCAGGAAAUUUUACUAGAGUUACAACUCUGAUACCUCAACACACCCUUCUAUCUGGAAGCAGCUACGAGAAAGUUUUGUUUGGCUAGAGGGGGCCGCUAAGGCAUUCUGACCCCCUCUGCCCAGCCCCCCAUCUGCACCACACCACCCCUUCCUCUCUGGAGGAGAUUGGGGAAAGGGAGGGGGAGAAUUACCAUCUGGAGGUGCUCUUUCCAGCCCUCCAACCCUCUCUGGCCUUGACCUUUGACCUCCUUAUGUGACCCUUUAGACCCCCCCCACCACCACCCCCCAACUGCCAUAUCCCUGUUUGGGCAUCUGCUCCUGGGUUUCCAGUGGUCUGAGGGAGUUGGGGCCCUUUCAGAAGUCUGCACAGAUUCCCUGGGGUUGGAGGGGAGGCAUGUCCAUCCAUAAAGGGCUCAGAGCUCAUCUCCCCACAGAGCUGGAUGGAGGGGUGUGGAGAGCAAGCUCCUCUCACCC